AUGGAGGACAAAAUCCAGAAGAUGACAGUAAUGCAAAAGUCCACCACCAGCCAACCAACCAAUAAACCUCAGUCACCCCUACCACAUCAGUCAAGCGAGACACAAUCUGAUCUUAACAACAAGGCAACUUCAUCAGAUAUUCAAUUUGAGCCAAAUAAAACAAUAGCCUCUACAGUCGUAAGCAGCGGCACGUCUCAGGCCGCUCAGAAAGAUCCAGAAAGGAAAAGCAAACCCAAUGAGCGGUUGAGACCCAAUAAAAGGAAGACCUGCACAAACAAGGAGUCACCCAGUAAAAGGCAGAGUGCAAGCAAACCCACAGAGGCACCACUGGGCAAGGCUUUGACGGAAAACGCCUCCACUGGAAAAGAGAGACCAUGUAAAAGGAAGAGGGGUGCAAGCAAACAUACUGAGAUGCCAAAGUUGGACGCACCAAUGAGAAACACCUCCUCUGAAAGAGAGAGACCGAGAAAAAGGAAGAGGGGUGCAAGCAAAUCCACUGAGAUGCCACUGUUGGAAGCACUGAUGAGAAACACCUCCUCUGAAAGAGAGAGACCCAGUAAAAAGCAGAGGGGUAAUGAUAGUUUUCUAUCCAAGUGCGGCAGUGAUUUUUCUACUCCCAAACAAGAAGAGAGGAGCAGCACUGUCCUUUUAGGCAAAACCAGAACUGCUGACUUCAAUACCAAAUACAAGCAGCUUGGUAAGAUUGGAGGUGGUGGUUUUGGAUUAGUUUAUGCUGGCACAAGAAUCUCUGACCAAUUACCAGUGGCAAUCAAACACAUCCAUAAAGCAGAUGUUAAGAGACGGUCCAUGGUAAUAAAUGGAAGAAAAUGCCAGAUACCCCUCGAGGUGGUCCUCAUGCAUAAAGCAGCAGGUGAACCAGAAUCAGUGGGCAAAUCAACAGCCGUAUCAUUGCUCGAUUGGUAUGAUCUGGGUGACAAAGUUCUUCUGGUCAUGGAGAGACCAGUCAUGUCUAUGGACCUAUCACGAUACUUGGACAUCAGUGGUCCAUUGCAAGAAGCCUUGGCAAAGGUCAUCAUGAAGCAGGUGGUGGAUGCAGCCAUACAGAUGGACUCAGAAAAAAUCUUCCACCGUGACAUCAAAUCUGAAAACAUCCUUCUGCAAGCUACCUCCAAUGUCCCUCGAGUGCGAGUCAUUGACUUUGGAUGUGGCUGUAUUUUGAGCAAAAGACGUUACCGUUACCGCACCUUCUUUGGAACCUUAAUCUAUGUCCCUCCGGAGUUCGAAACACAUGGGGUAUAUGAGGCUGGCCCAACCACGGUCUGUCUCCCUCACCUAGGUUUCCUGGAAUAUGCUGAUGAUGAUUGGUUUCCACCUGAGCUGGUGGAGAGAGAGCUGAUUGGUUCCUGCUCGUUGAGGCAGGCACUCAAUCUCCUGGAGUUGAUUAUAUAA